AUGACGAUAGUGACUCCGCCCGCCAAUGUAAGCUGGGUACCGUUGGAUUUCCAGCACGGUCCGUGCUCGUCGUCGGACUCGAACGCCGCUGCCCCUGCCGGCGUGCAGCCGUCGUUGGUGGAUCUACUUCGCCAGGACCAGCUACGCGCCGAUGAUGUCCAGAGGAGGCUGCGGUCUCCCAAUUCGACCUAUGACGAAAGCAAGGGACAGGCGGGUACCUCCGGCGAGACGGAUACCAGCUACCAAGCAAAAGUCCGCGCUCAAUGGGGCUCGAGAACGCGGAACCGGCCAACAAAUGAGAAGCAACAGGGCUCUCAGACGGACACCUUCUACGACCCGACCAACUCCGGCACGUACGCCGCCUUCCCUUGCAACUCCCCGGCCUGCAGGCAACUCGGCCCCUACGCCAACGGCUGCAUCAACAACCAGUGCCAGUACCGCGUCACCUACCCCGACGGCUCGUCGACGUCGGGCACGUACAGCUCCGACCUCCUGACGCUGAACCCAACCACCAGGGUGAGCAAGUUCCAGUUCGGGUGCAGCCACGUGGACCAGGGCAACUUCGACACCCAGACCGCGGGGAUAAUGGCGCUCGGCGGAGGCCCCGAGUCGCUGGCCUCCCAGACCGCGGCCACCUACGGCAGCGUGUUCGCCUACUGCCUCCCGCCGACGGCGAGCUACCUCGGGUUCUUCGUGCUCGGCGCCCGCGCGUGGCGGCGUCGAGGUUCGUGGAGCAGGAUGAGCACGUACCGCAUGGCGGCGCCCAAGGGGAUCCUGGACACGUGCUACGACUUCACGGGCGUCCGUAGCGUCAAGGUGCCGAGGAUCGCCCUGGUGUUCGACCGGAACGCCGCCGUGGAGCUCGACCCGUCGGGGAUCCUCUUCAACGGCUGCCUCGCCUUCGCCGCCAACGCCGACGACCGCAUGGCCGGGAUCCUCGGCAACGUGCAGCAGCAGACCAUCGAGGUGGUGUACGACGUCGGUGGCGGAGCUGUUGGCUUCCGCCGCAACGCGUGCUGA